CUAUUGAAUCCAGUAUUUCUAUGUCGCGCAAACAAUUUCAGUGAAGGAACGGAGAGAGACUGAGUUGAAUGGACGUAACUUUGUCAUAAUUUUAAAUGCGACACUUGAAGCAGAUUCUCAUCGAGAGAAUUACAGCACUAGAACGUGGAACCUCCGAUAGCAUUUGUUUUAUAUCCUCUCACGCGCGUUGACACUUGACAUCCAUUGCAGAAAUGCUAAAGUGAUAAUGUUUUGAGGUUAUGUCAAAUAAUGACAUUGAUAAACAUUGGAGAUGAAAAUAUAAAAUGAAUUAGAGAAGCUUUCUGUGAGAAUAUAAGUGAGCUUCCAGUGCCAUGACAGCAAAUCAUGUUACGUAACAGAGGGAAACGUACACUUAAAGGUGUGAAAGAACUGGAUGCAUUUCCCAAGAUCCCAGAGACCUAUGUUGAAACAUCGCCAGUGGGUGGUAUAUUGUCCUUGCUGACUCUUGUUAUCAUAAUAAUUCUUAUAUAUGCUGAAGUGUCAUAUUUUCUGAGCAGUCGCUUUGUAUUCAAGUUUGUACCUGAUACAGAUAUAGAUGCCAAGUUGAAAAUCAACAUAGAUCUCACUGUAGCAAUGCCUUGUGGUGCCAUAGGUGCUGAUAUUCUUGACUCUACUAACCAAAAUGUACUACAGUUUGGUUUGCUUGAACAAGAAGAAACGUGGUUUGAACUUGACCUUGAGCAGAGGAUGCAGUUUGAUAGUAUGCGACAGGUCAACUCCUACCUAAGAGAAGAAUUUCAUGCAUUACAAGAUCUGUUGUGGAGAUCAGGCCAAAACACAUUAUUUGCAGAGAUGCCUCAACGGAAUGUUCUCCCAUCAGGACCUCCAAAUGCAUGUAGAGUAUUUGGUAGCCUAGUGCUGAAUAAAGUAGCUGGCAAUUUCCAUAUUACUGCUGGCCGUUCACUUUCCUUACCUCGUGGGCAUGUUCACAUUUCAGCUUUUGUCUCGGAUGCUGCAUACAAUUUUUCUCACCGUAUUAAUCGUUUCUCAUUUGGGGAUCCCAGUCCCGGAAUAGUUCAUCCCCUGGAAGGAGAUGAAAAGAUCACUGAGCAGAAUAUGAUGCUUUAUCAAUAUUUUGUGGAUGUUGUGCCCACUGAUGUAGACACUUUCCUCAGAAGGAUGACUACAUAUCAGUAUUCUGUUAAAGACCAUGAGAGACCAAUCAAUCACAUGAAAGGUUCUCAUGGUAUCCCAGGAAUCUUCUUCAAGUAUGAUAUGAGUGCACUGAAAGUGAAAGUUAUUCAAGAGAGAGAUACGUUUGGACAGUUCAUUGUUCGACUUUGUGCGUCUGUUGGUGGCAUUUAUACAACUUCUGGUAUCAUAAACAGUGUUGUGCAACUGCUGAUAGAAUACCUUGCAAGCAAAUUGUGGAAGAAGACAAACACGAAAAGUGAUACAUUAGAACAUAAAUUAGUGCAGGAGGAAAUAAGAACUACAACCACCUCAUCUCUUUUACUUCCAAACAGUGUGCCACACAUUCCAAGUCAGCAAGUCAUGAGUGAGGUGCCUUUGCUUGUAACAGAUAAUGGGACAAAUGCAGAACUACCAUACAGCACUUCCCACGUAUCAUAACAGUGUGAUGCAAGCUUGUGGUGUUAAAAGCUUUGUUACGAGUGAUUCAGAGAUACUGUUUCACUGGGUGGUUCUGUGAUGUGAAGUUGCCUUAGAAUUUGUAUCAGCUUGUGGCAGUUGUCAGUUUAGUUUGUUUUAUAACAACACAAUGAAGGAAACUCAGGUCAGAAAUCAGUGCCAUGACGCAAAGUAAUUAAGAUCACAUCUGCCAAUGGCAUUAGUCUGACGGAUGCUAUUUCACAACGGCAGAUAAUUUUAAAUCCUACCUGAGGUAUCAAAUGCAUGAUUGAGAGAUAUGAUAAAACAUGAAAACUUAGUUAUCUUUUCGUCUUAACAAAAAUGACUUACUCUUUUUUUACCCCAUACACAUUAUGGUGAGCUGAUUUUGCAGUUACCUGGAAAGAAUUUACCUCAGAAUGAGUUUCCUUCGUCCUAGGAUUCUUUACUCAUUUAGUUAACCAGUGCAACUCAAUGAAAUAAAUUGUCUUUCUCCAAAUAAUUUUCACUAAUUUACAGGACUUCAUGGCUAAGAAAUGGACAAAAGACACAGUCUUACAGUAUAUUAUGUUGACAAUUUUUUUGGCGUAAUAUGGAUAUGUGUGGUAUUGAUAUUCCUUUGCAAAUAUUCUACAUUUGAUCUCCCUGUGUAAUCAAGUAAAUUAUUGCUUGCAUGGAUGUUUCAGUGUGAUGUAAGGUAUAAACAAACCUUUUGGAAUUGUACUGCAAGCUGAUGAGCCACUUUCUGUUUUGAAAUCUUUGGAUGUACUAUUUUCAGUAUAUUCAUUUAUUUGAUGGCUUACCCGGUUACCAGUACCUAUUUUCUGUAUAAGAAUCUUCUUUUUCUUCCAUUAGUAAGUACACAUUAUGGUACUUUGCAGCUUCAAGUAUGCACCUUGUGGAUCCAUCUCAUUGAUACAUAAAGCUUAUAUUUUGUGCAAAACAUAUAGUACUCUGAUGUUAAGCUGGGUGGAUUCUUGCAUUAUUCAUUGAAACAAUUAAAAAAAAUUUUUCAAACAUGGUGUGUAACUUCUCAGUGUUUGCUGUGCCUACAAUAUUUAUCAGUUAAUAUAUUGGAAAGAAAAGAGAUCUCAAAUCUGAUCUUGUUGCUGUAUGUAUUGUGUGAGUGUGCUAUGAGCAAUUUGUUUGUCAUUUUGUGAUUUUUCAAUGAAAUGUUACAUUUUGGGUUAUUUGAAUAACUGUGAAAUUUAUUUGGUUUGAUUUACAAAUGUAUCUUACAUUGUUGUGUAAUGUGCAGUUACAAAUACUGUGAAAGUAUCCUGUUAUGCUGAAUACUUGUCAGUCAGUUUUGUUACAGAAAAUGAAAAAAAAAGAGCAGUUGAGUGAUAAAUACAGUUCAUCAAAGUUAAUUUGGGACAGCACAAAUAUUAUGAAUGCACACUUACAAGAAAUUUCAUGGAAAUUACAGGAAAAAGUUUGAUUAUUAAAUUUGGGUUAAUAAUCAAACUAAUUGUUUGAGUGAGGUAGCAAAGGAAGAAAAAAAUAAAAAUAUUUUCAUGCAUGGUUUUGCAAAUUGAUGUUCAGUUACACUUUAUUUGUAUUCCUUUCCUGUUUGUGGAUAUUGUGUGUUGUGGGAAGUUGUUUUAUUUUUUGCACUUUUAUUAAUUGAAAACAGUAUUAAGAAAUAUAUUUCUUCAAAAGUUCGCAGAAACUAAAUGACUGUGUUUAUAUCUUUGUAUAGAAUGUGGCCUAGUUUCAUGAGAGAAGAGAGAAUGGUAUGUCCUAAAGCCUCGGAUGCCUGGUGUAUCUCAUUUAUCACAUUAGUCUAUCCUAAGAGUUGCUUGUAGCAGAAUACUGUUCUAACUUGUGCUUCUGGUUUUGUAUGGACUGUAAUCUGUCACUCUUCCCACACUCUAUGUGUGAAUGGACUGGGAAGAAGCCCUAAUAACUCUCAGAGUGAGAAGUGUCCUCUGCCAUGCACUGUUGUUAGCAGAGUUUAGAUGUAGAUUAUACAGGCUGACCCAUAAUUAUGUAUAUGAUGUUUCAAAGAUUGUGGUGAAGAACCCAGUAACAUAACUUGAACACAAGCAAGUUACUCUCAUACCUUUCCUCACAAGAAUUUUAAUCUCUGCUCUCCAGCGCAUGGUCCACCGACACACUGUCCAAAUAUGAUACUAUUAUUUUAUGGACUAUUAGUGUGCUACAAGCAAAUUGUUUGCCAUUUUGUGACUUUUCAAUGAAACAUUACAUUUUGUGUUGUUUGAAUAAUUGUGAAAUGUAUUUGAUCUGAUUUAUUAGUGUAUCUUAUGGAGAUAAAGAGCAAUGUCACAUAGCA